AUGACGUCAGCAGUGGAUUUUUCCAACCUGCUGAAUCCCGAGACUACCACAACAACUGGUAACGAUAUAAACUCAAGAAAACUUAACCCAGACGGAGACGUAGAUAUGGCUACUGUCACUGUUAUUCGGCCCAAUGGCCCUCUUCCUGGUGGUCAACUCACCGAAAAUGCCAACGAGUUGCCACGACCAUACAAAUGCCCCCUCUGCGAUAAGGCCUUUCACCGUCUUGAACAUCAGACUAGGCAUAUCAGGACACAUACUGGCGAGAAGCCACAUGCCUGCCAAUUCCCCGGCUGCAGUAAGAAGUUCUCCCGCUCAGACGAACUUACUCGCCACUCAAGGAUACACAACAACCCUAACUCGAGAAGAGGGAACAAGGCUGGGCAGGCCACGCAUCACGGAUUAGGUCAUGCUCUGACACCCGACUCCAUGAUGCCUCCACCCUCAAACCCAAGAUCUAUUAAGUCGGCACCCAAUUCUACUCUUGUCUCGCCAAACGUAUCGCCACCUCACUCCUAUUCUUCAUACGCUAUGCCUCAUCCGGGGCCUCUACACCACUAUGGCCGGAGCAUGAGCGGGAACAAUCACCCGCAUCAAGGCCAUAGCAUGGAUAUCAGCCUCUUAACCAAUGCCACAAACCAGCUUGAGCGGGAAAACGUUAGCCCUCACCACCACGCAACGAGACCUCAUCCAUACUAUCCCAACGGUCUUCAUAAUGUGCGGGGCCACCUCCCCUCGCUUUCCGCUUACCACAUGUCGAGGUCGCAUUCAAAUGAUGAGCACGAUGACCACUAUUCCCAUGCUCUUCGUCAUGCCAAACGGUCAAGACCCAACUCUCCCAACUCCACUGCACCAUCUUCGCCCACAUUCUCUCACGACUCGCUUUCCCCCACACCUGAUCACACACCGCUAGCGACACCAGCCCAUUCACCUCGCUUACGGCCUUACGCUGGCAUUGAACUGCCAACUUUGCGCAAUUUGACGUUAGGACACACGCCAGCACUAGCGCCGAUGGAACCGCAUCUAGAAGGGGUCGUCUAUCCGCCAACGUCUCAACCGAACAACAACGGGCCUCGGCCCUCUGGGUUGUCUCUGACGGAUAUCAUUAGCCGGCCCGAUGGCAGUAGGAAACUGCCUGUUCCGCAGGUUCCCAAGGUCGCAGUUCACGACCUACUGUCCAACGAUGGGUACAAUACCAGCGGUCGAAGUUCAGCAAGCGGCAGCCUAGCGGGUGGCGACCUCAUGGAUCGGAUGUAA